GAGAAAGCCGAGCCCCUCCGGACCGAGCCCAGUCAAGCCCUUCCGGGCCCAGCCGAGCUCCGCCGAACGGAGCUGAGGCUCCGAGCCGAACGGAGCCGAAUCCAGCCGAGCGCUGCCGGGGAGCCGAACGGAGCCGAAUCCAGCCGAGCCCCGUUCCGGGGGUUUUGGCCACGAUGGAGGUGACGGAGCCGGCGGCCAGACGCAUCCUGGUGACGGGUGGCACUGGCUUGGUGGGGAAAGCCAUUGAGAAGGUGGUGGCUGAUGGAGAGGGGCGGCCGGAGGAGGAGUGGAUCUUUGUGUCCUCCAGAGACGCCGACUUGACGAGCGCCACAGAGACCAAGGCCCUGUUUGAGCAGCACAAGCCCACCCAUGUCAUCCAUCUGGCUGCAAUGGUUGGAGGUCUCUUCAAAAACAUCCGCUACAACCUGGAUUUUUGGAGGAGAAACAUCCAUAUCAACGACAACGUCCUGCAUUCAGCGUAUGAGACAGGGGUGCAGAAGGUGGUCUCCUGCCUUUCCACCUGCAUCUUCCCGGACAAGACAACGUAUCCCAUUGAUGAGACCAUGAUUCACAACGGGCCACCUCACAGCUCCAACUUUGGCUACUCCUAUGCCAAGAGGAUGAUUGACAUCCAGAACAGGGGCUACUUCGAGCAGCACGGCUGCCGCUUCACUGCCGUCAUCCCCACCAAUGUCUUUGGACCACAUGACAACUUCAACAUCGAGGAUGGCCACGUCUUGCCAGGGCUCAUCCACAAGGUCUACCUGGCUAAACAGAAUGGCUCUGCUCUGACCAUCUGGGGCACAGGCAAGCCCAGGAGACAGUUCAUCUACUCCCUGGACCUGGCCAGGCUUUUUCUCUGGGUCCUACGGGAAUACGAUGAGGUGGAACCCAUCAUCUUGUCAGUGGGCGAAGAAGAUGAAGUGUCCAUCAGGGAGGCAGCAGAAGCUGUUGUGGAGGCCAUGGACUUCAGGGGAGAGCUUCUUUUUGACACCACCAAGGCCGAUGGGCAGUUCAAGAAGACAGCCAGCAAUGCCAAGCUACGGCGCUACCUGCCCAGCUUCCAGUUCACACCCUUCAGGCAAGCCGUGAAGGAGACCUGUGCCUGGUUCAGCACCAACUACGCCAAUGCCAGGAAGUGAUGGGUCAAUGCUGCGCCGGCAUCAUCCUCUUCAACUCAGGGUUGUCCUUUGCUGGGGCAGAGGACAGGGCUGGGGGCGGGGGGGGACACAACACAGUGACAUUUCCAAAGUACAAAAGGGCCACCAGAGCCCACUGUGAAGCCACCAUGGUCCCACCUCCUGCUGGGAGCAGUGUGGGAUGCUCAGUGCAGGUGGAAAGAAGGUUUGGGCACCCCAAAAGGUGCUGGGACCCCAGACUCGAUGGUAGCAACCAAGUGGAGCCACCACCUUGGCUGUGUCCAAGAAGCUGGUGGCUCUGGCUGAGGUCUAAUGGGUUACACUACUAAUUAGCUGUAAUUAGGCUGUAAUAAAGGGAAGGGGAUCAGGGUUCCUCUGGCACAGGAAUGGCAA